AUGUCCUGUCCGGUCGGUAAUUGCCUCUCGGGUUCGAUUCGUCCUCCAGGCCUUGGUGGCGCGCAGGCGGAGGUGUGGGUGGAGGUUACCGUGCUGUUCGUCACCGUGCUGCUGCCCCUCGCGGCCUACGCCAAACCGUCCACAUCGCUCGAUCCGACGGAUCUGGCCGACGUGGAUCUACUCUCGGAGGACGUCUCCCGCAUCAAGCGCUCCGGACUCGGUUCCGGCAGUGGCUCGUUCGAUCUGCUAUCCGGGCUGAAAAAGACAAUCCUGUCCGGGAUUGGGUCGGCGUCCGCGUCGCUCGUUGCCGGCAGCAGCAGCUCAUCGCUUUCGUCCGGCUCCGGCCACGGCAGCAGCGGAGGCAGCGGCGGUUCCAGCUACGGACACUCGGCGUCGUCGUCAUCGUCGUCGGGCCAUUCGUACGAGAAGCCACAUGAGGACACACACUUCGACGGCUGGUCGCUGAAGAAAUCGAUCCUGAACACGCUAUUCCAGGCGGUCAAAGCCAUCACCGGCGGCGUGACGGCCAUCAAGGGCCAGCUGAUCAAGGGUUCCGGCUAUCUGGUGAGCGGCGCCGGCAAGCUGAUCGCGUCCGGCGGCGACGCCGUGACGGGCGUCGGCAAGAAGAUUGCCCUGUCGGCGCACCUCAUCCCGCCGAAGCAGGCCUCGCACCCGUUCGCCAAGCUGAGCGGCCUACUGUCGUCCUCCUCGUCCGGUCUCUCCUCCGGCUCGUCCUCGUCCUCGUCCUCGUCCGGCCAUCACCACGGCGACGCGUCCGGCGAAAGCUUCACUAGCUACGAAGGGCCGACCAGCUACGGCCACGACUCGUCGCACAGCGCCCUGAGCGGCCCGUCCGGCCCCUCCUACAUUCCGCCCGCGAAAGGUUCCUCCCACAAGGCGCCCUCGGUGAACUCGUACGGAGCGGACCUGGACAGCCACCAGCACGGCUACGUUUCCUCCGGCAAGUACGGCCACUUGUCCGACGCUCCCGGCCACUACCCGACCGGCUACUCGGCGAAGGGCCACGGGAACGUGGUGGAGGCGUCGGACGUACUGCGGCAGAUCCUGAACCAGAAGAUCCCGCACCAGACGCACCCGAAGAAGGUGAUCGCCCAGUACGAGAUCCCGUCCGACUCGAACCCGCCGCCCUUCAAGCCGAUGAAGCACGGGUACCUGCCACCGUCAUUGUACGGCGUCCCCGUCGGACCGAUCGACUCCGUGACGCACUCGCACUCGAUCACGACCUCGUUCGGCGCUGCCCACGAGGAGCCGUCGCUGCCGAGCUCGUACGACAUCUACCGCUCGAUGUCGGUCAAGCACGGUGGCUCGCGGCCCCACGACGACUCGCUGCCGAGUCCGCGCUCGAGGGCUCCGGGCUCGGUCUCGUACGAACUGCUCCCUCCCAAGGCGGGGGGCUCCUCGCACGAGAUCGUGCACGAGCAGCAGCUGCACGAUCUCACCCGGCAUCUGGGCAACGGGAUCGAGGUGCAGAAGUCACUGGCCUAUGAGAUUGCUGAUCCGUCCGCGACGAGACUUCACCAGAAGCGACGCUCGGAUGACCCGCAGCCACAGACGAACUCCACGACGACCACGACCACCAACGACAGGGACAGCCGAUCACUGGCGAACAGCACGACGACGUAG